AUGCGUGUCUCAUUUUCCCUUUUCACCGCCCUUGCGGCCGUUGCCGCUGCAGAGAACUACCUGGGUUUCAACUCGGGCUCAACAAAGGCCGACUACUCUGUCAAGGUCAAGGCCGAUUUCUUGCAAGAGUUCAAGACGGCACAGAACCUCGAGGGUGCCCCCGGCGUCUUCAACGCCGUCCGUCUGUACACCAAUAUCCAGGGCGGUACCCAGGACGAUCCCAUCUCAGCCUUUGAGGCCGCCAUCGAGACCAAGACCAAGAUCCUGCUCGGCAUCUGGACCUCGGGCACCAACUCGAUCGAGAAGGAGCUGAACGCUCUGCAAAAGGCCGUCAAGCAAUACGGCAGCAAAUUCACCGACCUCGUCAUCGGUAUCUCGAUCGGAUCCGAGGAUCUCUACCGCAACUCGGUGACUGGUGUGGCCAACAAGGCUGGCGUUGGUGCUCAGCCCGACCAGCUGGUUGCCUUCAUCGGCGACUUCAAGAAGGCCUUCAAGGACACUGCCCUUGGAAAGACCCCGGUCGGCCACGUCGACACCUGGGACGUCUGGCCCAACGCGACCAACAAGGCCGUCCUUGACGCCAUCGACUGGGUUGGUGUCGACGAGUACCCUUACUACGAGAACGGCAAGGGCAACAACAUCAAGAACAGUGGCAACCUGUUCGACAAGGCCUACAACGCCACCAUCCAGGCCGCCGGCGGCAAGGCCGUCUGGGUCACCGAGACCGGCUGGCCCUCGAGCGGUCCCAACUGGGACCAGGCCGUUCCCUCAAUCGAGAACGCCAAGUACUACUGGCAGGAGAUUGGCUGCCGUCAGCUGUUCAACAAGGUUCCCACCUUCUGGUACAACCUCCGCGAUAGCAACCCCGACAACAAGCAGCAGUUCGCCAUCACCAAGGACCUAUCCACCAAGCCCCUCUUCGACCUCAAGUGCCCGACCACCUUCGACACCGACAAGCAGCGCCAGGCCAACAGUGCCAGCAGCGGUGGCAACAGCAGCACUGGCAACAGCAGCGGUGGCAACAGCACUGCUGGCAACAGCUCCAGCACCCCCAGCACCGCCAGCGGCUCCUCCAACUCUGGAAGCAACACCAACCCCUCUGCUGCCGGCUCCACCUCCAAGGCUCCCAGCAGCGCUGCUGGUAUCAUUGAGGUUCUUCCCGUCGCCGCCUACGCUGGUCUUGCUGUCAUUGGUGGUGCGCUUGCCAUGUACUAA